AUGCCGAACAUUAGGCCCCUGUCUGCCGAGUUGGCAAAGAAAGCCGCCGACGAGCUAUUUGAGAAACCGGAACGGCUGGAUGAAGAUCUGGCCGCGCUCCGGACGUGGCUAGCGAAAUGCCCUCACAUCAAGGCACGCACGGACGAUCAGUUCCUGAUGAUGUUUCUGCGUGGCUCGAAGCACAGCCUUGAGAGGGCGAAAGAGAAGCUAGAUAUGUACUACUCGAUCCGUACAGCCCUACCGGAAGUGAUGCGCAAUCGGGAUCCCGAGGAGGGCAAGAUCAAAGAACUGAUUCAGCUUGGCUCAGCGUUACCCCUACCGAGCACGGUAUCUCCGGAUAGUCCAAGAAUCAUACUUAUACGACCUGGAGUGUAUGACCCGAACCGAUACACUAUUCAGGAGGUAUUCCAGUAUAACACCAUGAUGGCCGAUAUUAUGAUGAAUGAGGACGAUAAUGUGAUUAUAGCGGGACAGAUGGGAAUCCUGGAUCUUGCCAACACUGGCAUGGCUCACUUCCUGCAGUUCAAUCCCUCUUUCGUGAAGAAGAUGACCAUGUGGAGCCAGGAAGGAUCCCCGUUGCGUCAGAAGGGCUUCCACUACGUUAACACGCCGAGCGGGUUCGAGUUGGUGUACAACAUGUUCAAGAACUUCCUUAAUGAAAAGAACCGCUCUCGGCUACACGUCCACGGGAGUAACCUGGAUUCACUGUACGAGCAUAUACCGAAGAGUAUGCUUCCAGCUGAGUACGGCGGUGACGCGGGCCCAAUCCAAGACUUAGUAGACGCGUGGGCUAAAAAGUUACUCAGCUACAGGCAGUACUUCAAGGAGAAUGACCAGUACGGUACGGAUGAGAAGAAGCGACCGGGUCGCCCGAAGAAUGCAGAGACUCUGUUCGGGCUGGAUGGUUCCUUCCGGAAGCUCGAAGUGGACUGA